AUGGCGAACAUUACAUUCGAUACGGAGUUGAUGGCCAACCAUAUCGCUGCCACGCCGGCGGCGGCAGGGUCUGUGUUCACCACGGUGCUUGAGCCCAUCACGCGGAGACCAGCCGUGAUUGGCUUGAGCAAUGAGAGUCCCCUGGUGCUUGAAUUGAUCAAGGAAGACGACGCCGGCAACCGUAACUUGGUGGACCUCGGAGGAAAGCUGAAUCUACCUAAUGGAGCUGUCAUACAAGCCUUCGUGGCAGAGCAGGAUGAGGCCUUGAAGAUCUAUCUCGCUGUCGCCGUCAAGAAUGACAAGAGCUCCGAUGUCUAUGUUUGUAAACCCUUCCUCCUCGACAAUCUGGAUGGAAUUUCCUUGUACCCGAAGCAGACCAUGCCUACAGUGAACAAGCUCUUCAUGGGCGCUGUGACCAGCCCUGGUUCUUUCCCACUGCUGGUCGCAGACAUUCAACCGCCAGCAAGACAAAGCAGCAAGAGCAGCGACCUCAAGGCCAUCUGGGUUGACGGCGACACGACGCAGGCCCUGCAGACUUUCGAACUCCCCCAAGAUGCAGACAGGAUCAUAUCCGUCGCAGUUGCGUCGUAUGGCAUCCUCGGCAAAGGUCUUUGGGUUCUGUAUUCCACCCAGAACCAGGCGAAGCUGGUCUGUAACCUGGCCAGGCCCGGGACAGAUGGAACAGCUCUGCACUUCCAGCGUCUCGAACCGUCGUGCGACCCCAGAGCGACGGCUAUUGCCUCGUAUACCGACAAGAACCAACAGUCUGGUCUCCUCGUGGGAACGCCAAAGGGACUGUACACCAUUUCUGCACAGGACUGCAUUAAUUCGACAGACUUGCACACGCUUAUUGCCGAAGACAGCUUCUUCAAAGCACCGGCCAGCAUUUCCGUAGCGCAAGAUGGACCGAGUUUGACCGUCUGGGGUCUCAGCCGGGACGGGCAGCUGGGAUACUUGACGACUGAUUCGACAAAUGUCGAACGGGCACACCAGUCCGGAACGGUUCUGCUGGGAAAACAGUCGUCGUCGUCCUUUUCGGCGUCCAUUUCUCAGCGCAGCCCCGGAGCCAAACUCAAUGUCAUUACUCAAACAGUCAUCUCGAAUGAUUCCCAGGGGAAUCUCACGUUACUGGCCCAGAGCCAAGAUACUGGGAUAUGGAAGUCCGAGCCGUUUGGGAUUGCCCACUACACUAAGACCAUCGAGGUUCAAAGCUACGCCGUGAGGGUGACAAUCAAGGACGAGAAGAGCCUUCCCAUCUCGAACGGCGAGGUGUGCGUUGUAGGGUCAUCCGACACAACCGCCUAUGUCAAUGGCAGAACUUAUAACAUCACCUCAGACCUUGAGGGGACCUGGUUGCCUUUGGACUCUGCAGGCUUGCUCUCCAUGAUUGUGGCUACCAACAUGAUCUCUGGCCGUUCCUUCCGCGUGGUCCAGAUCACGGAUAAUCAGAAAAUUGAUGUGGAGAUGGCAGACCGGACCGUCAGGAUCGACCCGAGCUUGAAGGUAGUGCGGAAUCUGUGCUCCAAGCUCGGCGGUGAUGCCGAUUUGGCCAGUUUGAAGACGCAAUCUGGCCAGAGCCUGUGGUCGGACGGCAACAGGCCCGGACAGGAAGAAUUAAAGGCAGCACACGAAUGCUUCAAGAAGCUGAACCAGGCGCACUCGGAUGUCUUGAAUCCUAGGUCGUCACGGCGAGUCGACGGCGGGGCAGGGCUAAAAGCCAUUGGUGACUGGACGAUGGACGCGUUCCACCACGUCAAGGUCGCACUAGAUGAUGCAGUCGCUUGGGUGAUUGAGCAGGUCGAAGGAGUGUGGCGGUUCGUGUGCAAGAUAGCAGGCGAGAUGAAGAGAUUUGUGCUGGACACGAUUGAGAAGAUUGGUGAAGCUGCGCAAUGGGUCUGGGAGAAGAUCAAACUGGGGUGGGAUAAAUUGCUCGAUCUCUUGGGACAUCUGUUCGGGUGGGAUGAUAUCAAGAAUACUAGCGACGACAUCUACAACCUCCUUCUCGGCAGUGUCGACUGGAUAUCGAAUGGCAUUCACAAGGUGGAACCCAAGAUCGAAGGCUUCUUUGACAACUUGAAGGGGAUGGUCAAAGUCCCGACCUUGACCCAACCGGCAUCGACUAAUCAGAGUCAGAGCGGCAAGAGCAGCUCCUCUGCCAAAGCAUCUGAUAGUCCCGCGUUCAACUACCUGACUGAUAGAAUGAAGAACGGCAACCCUGGCGCAGCAGCCGCGGCGUCAUCGCCACCGACGAGCAAACCCUCUGGAGCCGGCGAACCGUCCUUUGAAGAGAUAUUGAAGCCGCUCGGAGAAAGCUUGAUGAAAGUGGUGACCGACCUCGCCCACGACGUGUCGGAGCUGUUCCACGGCAUGGGCGACCUCUCUCCCGGCCAGCUCUUUGCGAAGCUGGGAAACGACCUCCUCGUCAAUGUCAUCGACGUGGUCAAGUCCAUCGUCGUGGGUGUGUUGAAGUUCCUGCGCAAGUCCAUCGGCCUCUUCAAGGAUCUGGUGACCGGCAAGAUCAACGUGCCUAUCAUCUCGGCCCUGUACAAGCUCUGCACGGGCAACGAUCUGAACUGGCUCAAGCUGGUAGCGUUCAUCCUGGGCUUCAUGACCUGUACCAUGUCGAGGAUCGUCACGGGCAAACCUCCCCCGAGGCUUCAGGACCCGGGCCAGAAAUUCCUCGAAAAGAUGGUCGACGGGGGUGCGUCCGAGGUGGAGCAAAAAGGAAACGCCCUCUUCUUCUCCGGAGUCGGGAUGAGCAUCAGCGCCGUCAAGAUCGUCUACGACGCCAUCGCCGUGGCCAAGAGCGUUUCCAAGGUCGGAGCCGCCCAGACGGCUGUCACGAGUGUCAAGACCGAGGCUUUCGGCGUCGCCAUGGACAUUGCCACCAUCGUCUGCAUCUUCCCAACCGAUCCCCAGGCGCCCGGGUACGAGAUUCGCAAGUGGAUCACGUACAUCAACGCAGCGAGCGUCGGCAUGGACCUGGCGUUGAUGUUGGGCAGCCAGGGGCCCAACCCGGCGGCGGAAAAGGGCGUCGCGAUCUUCAAGUUCGCCACCGACCUGGUCAGUGCGUGUCUGUACGGUAUCGUCUUCUCCAAGGAGCUCGACGCCGGGAAGAAGUCCUGGCCCGGCAAGGACGACGACCUGACGAACUGCGCCAUUUGCGAGGACGUCUUUAGUACCGUCAAGAGCUGCGGCAAGCUCAUCUGUGCCGUGUCAGCCGAGUCGCCGCAGUCUGCUGCCGUUGGGCUCGCCGUCAUGGCAGCCGCGGGUCUUGGGUUGACGGUCAACAAGGGAUUCACCCUGAAUCGUACCGCCGAGGUGAAUCCAAAGUGUUAUCGUGGGGCUUUGUGUUGA